CAGAGGAGAAGCUCCACAGUGUUGACUGAACACUGAUGAAACGAUAACACUGGAGGCAAGGGGCCUUUCACAACUCUCAGAAAAUCAACCGCCUCCCCAGCGUGUUCCUCGUGCCAGAGCCGUUUCCACUGGAGGUGCCACGGGGUGAUGCCCAUGGUGCCUCCCUUCCAAAGACUUGGAUCAUGAACAACUUUAUCCUCCUGGAAGAACAGCUCAUCAAGAAAUCACAACAAAAGAGAAGAACUUCUCCCUCAAACUUUAAAGUCCGUUUCUUUGUUUUAACCAAAACCAGCCUGGCAUACUUUGAGAAUCGUCAUGGGAAAAAGCGCACAUUGAAGGGCUCCAUUGAACUCUCCCGAAUCAAAUGUGUCGAGAUUGUGAAAAGUGACAUUAGUAUCCCAUGCCACUAUAAAUAUCCAUUUCAGGUUGUGCAUGACAACUACCUUCUGUAUGUGUUUGCUCCAGACCGUGAGAGCCGGCAGCGCUGGGUUCUGGCCCUUAAAGAAGAAACAAGGAAUAAUAACAGUUUGGUACCCAUGUAUCAUCCGAAUUUCUGGAUGGACGGGAGGUGGAGGUGCUGUGCUCAGCUGGAGAAGCUCGCAGUGGGCUGUGCCCAGUAUGAUCCAACCAAGAAUGCUUCAAAGAAGCCUCUUCCUCCUACUCCUGAAGACAACAGGCGAUCACUUCAGGAACCUGAAGAAACCAUUGUCAUUGCUUUGUAUGACUACCAAACGAAUGAUCCACAGGAACUCAUGCUACAGCGCAAUGAGGAGUACUACCUGCUGGACAGUUCUGAGAUUCACUGGUGGAGAGUGCAGGACAGGAAUGGGCACGAAGGAUACGUACCAAGCAGUUAUCUGGUGGAAAAAUCUCCAAACAGCCUGGAAACCUAUGAGUGGUAUAAUAAGAGUAUCAGCCGAGACAAAGCUGAAAAACUUCUUUUGGACACAGGCAAAGAAGGAGCCUUCAUGGUACGAGAUUCCAGGACCCCGGGAACAUACACCGUGUCUGUUUUCACCAAAGCCGUUGUAAGUGAGAACAACCCCUGUAUAAAGCACUAUCACAUCAAAGAAACAAAUGACAACCCCAAGCGUUACUAUGUGGCUGAAAAGUAUGUGUUUGACUCCAUCCCUCUCCUCAUCAAUUAUCACCAGCAUAAUGGAGGAGGUCUGGUCACCAGACUCCGGUACCCAGUUUGUUCCUGGAGGCAGAAAGCACCGGUCACAGCAGGACUUAGAUACGGGAAAUGGGUGAUCCAUCCCUCCGAGCUCACUUUUGUGCAGGAGAUUGGCAGUGGGCAGUUUGGGUUGGUGCAUCUUGGCUACUGGCUCAACAAGGACAAGGUGGCCAUCAAAACCAUUCAAGAAGGGGCUAUGUCUGAAGAGGACUUCAUAGAGGAGGCUGAAGUCAUGAUGAAACUCUCUCACCCCAAACUGGUCCAGCUGUAUGGGGUGUGCCUAGAGCAGGCCCCCAUCUGCCUGGUGUUUGAGUUCAUGGAGCAUGGCUGCCUGUCAGAUUACCUGCGCAGCCAGCGGGGUCUCUUUGCUGCAGAAACCCUGCUGGGCAUGUGCUUGGACGUGUGCGAGGGCAUGGCGUACCUGGAGGAGGCAUGUGUCAUCCACAGAGACCUGGCUGCCAGAAAUUGCCUUGUGGGAGAAAACCAAGUCAUCAAGGUGUCUGACUUUGGGAUGACAAGGUUCGUCCUUGAUGAUCAAUACACCAGUUCCACAGGCACCAAGUUCCCAGUGAAGUGGGCAUCCCCGGAAGUCUUCUCCUUCAGUCGCUAUAGUAGCAAGUCGGAUGUGUGGUCAUUUGGUGUGCUGAUGUGGGAAGUCUUCAGUGAAGGCAAAAUCCCGUAUGAAAACCGAAGCAACUCAGAAGUGGUAGAAGACAUCACUACUGGAUUUCGCUUGUACAAGCCCCGGCUGGCCUCUGCGAAUAUCUACCAGAUCAUGAAUCAUUGCUGGAAAGAGAAACCAGAAGACCGGCCACCUUUCUGCAGACUCUUGAGUCAACUGGCUGAAAUUGCAGAAUCGGGACUUUAGCAGAGACUCAGCACCAGGCCCCGGGCUGCAGAUCCUCACAGGGGGAAGCCAGUUCUCCCUUCACAGAGCAUUAAAAUCUGCCACCAGCCCAGCAUUCCCCAGAGUCAACUGGCCUGUGGCGCCAGUCCCUGAGCCUCACGGCACAGGCAGCACCCUGACGGAGGCAGG